CAACUUUUCAGUCGGUCUCAGGCAGUCACGGCGUAAACCUCAAAAUGUGCGGUUCGAUAGUUGAAAUUUGGUUUAUUUAGAGUUUUUUGGACACCAACACACAACAUCUCUAGGACACAUAAAAAAAGAAGAAAAGAUCUGAAAUUGACACCCACAUCCGCGAGCCGGUGGAACAGAGAGUGAUAUUCGAAGAAGAAGAAAAAAGCAUAACCCGUUACAGUUCCGUUAGUCCUAUUUCGGAUGAACUUCAGCCGGAGAAUAUCGCGAUCAAAACAAAAAAUCGUAGUUGAAUGUGCUACCGGAAACGGAAACGAAGAAAAGUUCUUUACCCUUUCGGCAGACGAAAAACGAAAAGAUUAAUUUAGUUCAAUUCAAACAAGUGUUUCGAGAAUCGGAAAAAAAUGUGCAAUUUUGUUUACGUUUAUCCAGAGCAUUAGUGGUUUAAAUGUGUUGCGAAGAAUCAAGUAACGAAAAAACAUAACUACAAAAGCCAGCAAAAAGAAAGGGAGCAGUGCAAAAGCCAACAAAUCAUCUAGAUCCUGGGAACUCCACCAGCCAAACAAAAGGACCCUUUCGUCACAGCAGCCGGGAAUAACACACUUGGAAAUUCCCUUUCGCCUGACAGAGCAGAACUCGAUCCCACCCCCUCCGGCCGGAUUCACAUGUGAACCGAUGCAUGAUCUAAUUUAUUGUACACCACUGAAGGCAGCAGCAGCAGAGUUCAAAGGACACAAAGCGAGAGUCGCCUGGGCUUGCAUCCGGCCAGAACGAAAGCAGGAGUGCAGCUACCUGUGAACCUUCCACAAACAACCGUAGAAGUGAAAAAAAAGGAGUCUUUCCAACUCUCGAAAACUCCACAGCCGUAAAACCAUGUAAGAAGGACCGGAGAGUGACAAGCGAAGAAAACGCAUUUAUCACCUUCUCGCGUAAUAUUUCACCUCGUUUUUUUUUCGGACCUCUGAAAAGCGGGUCAACAGAGAAGAAUGCCAAUCGGCACCACCAGUGUCAGUCUGCGGAAGGAUCUUCAGGUGCUCGAUCUUGGCGAUCGACCCAGAAUAUGCGUUUGCAGUAGCAUCCACAGUAGUAGUAGUAAUCGGUGCAGUGGCGAUCAGCGAUGAUCCGGUCAGUGCAGUAGACUCAGAGUAGUGUCUGACCUAUGUUCGAAUUAGUGGUAAAAACACGCACUCAUUUUUUGGACUGAUCAAAAUUGCUUCCUUUCGGAUCGACAUUUACUAGCAGUGAUUAUCCAACAAAAUCGAACUGGACCCAAAUUGAAAACUUUUCUGGAUUAAACAGGAACAAAUUGAAAACCCCUCUCGAAGUGCGUGUGUGGAUGCAGAAAAGAUUUGAAACAUAAAAUUGUGAAGCCCUGAGUAGGGGAGAAGUUUUGAGAAGGGCGCACAAUUUGCGAAAGCGAAAAAAAUGUGUCGAAGUUAAAAAGCGAAACAACUUUUGGAUUGUAGUGAAGAAGCAUUCCCGUUCGAUUGAAACAAAACAAAAAAAGUGCGGAUGUUUAUUUUAGAGUUUGGUGAGGCUAGAAAAAAACACAAACCUUUAGGACAAAUUCACAUUCAACAACAACUCAUUUAGUGCUUGAUAGUGUGCUUGGAGGAUUGUUUUUAAACGAUACAAUAUAGUUUUGCGAGUUCGUUUCGUUUCUGUGGAGCAGAUUAUGAGGAGCAACAUUAGUGUGUACGGAAAGCAGCAGAUAAAAGGAUUUUGAAACACGACCCCUCUUUAGGAAGUACUUCAAAAGAUAAAAACUAACGUCAUCUGAGGACUCAUCAGCAGCUGUAGCAGUAGUGACCACAAAGAUUUGGAUGAGCAGCGGGUGAAUCGACCGGAAAUUGAAUCCAUAUUUUGCGCGCCCCAUCACACAGUGACAUGAAAGAAAAAUUCGACACAAUGACCGACCAGGAGCAUUACAGUCUUCGGUGGAACAACCACCAAAAUCACAUUCUGCGGGCGUUCGAUACGCUGCUCCAAACGAAGACCCUCGUAGACGUUACGCUGGUGUGUGCCGAGACGAGCAUCCGGGCGCACAAGGUCGUCCUGUCGGCCUGUUCGCCCUUCUUCCAGCGAGUGUUCUCCGAAACCCCCUGCAAGCAUCCUGUGAUAGUGCUGAAGGACUUCCGGGGAUGGGUUGUGCAAGCGAUCGUGGACUUUAUGUACCGCGGAGAGAUCAGCGUUCCCCAGGAGCGGCUAUCGGUACUGAUACAGGCCGGAGAAUCGCUUCAGGUGCGAGGCUUGGUUGACCACACAGUCGCCGGUAACACACCCACUCCUGCCCAGUCACCUGAGGACUUCAGUCUGCUGGAAUCUUCGCUGAUAUCACCGACCUCGCCGUCACUCCCGUCGCCAAACUUCAAUCAUCACCACGCCAGACACCCGCACCAGAACAGCGCCACCGCAACGAGUAUGCUAAGCUCUAGCACCCCGAAGCUACUGCUACCACCGCAGGUGUUCACCGAUCCCGCACUGAACCUGCCCAACCCAGACAUUUGCACAUCUCCGAUGCCCCGGCGGAAGCAGGCUCGUCCCCGGAGGCGAUCGGGAGACUGUGCCCCGCAAGAUCUCAGCAGUAAACCCACCAGUCCGGUACCGCACAACCUGGACGACAAGGAGGACGAAGACAACGAAAUCGAACGCGACGAAGAUGAGGAAAUGGAAGACGAGGAUGACGAUAUCAAGGAAAUUAUUCGACGGAGUGAGAGCGAUGUGAAAACGGAAUCCAGCCCCCAGAAGACACCCAACAAAAUGAACCGACCCAAGGGACAGCACUCGGCACCACGGGGUGGUCCACCCCGGUCCUGGACGAACGCCGAGCUGACGGAGGCACUGCAGCACGUGUGGAACAAGAAGAUGACAACCAGCCAGGCGUCGCGCAUCUUCGGCAUCCCGUACAACUCGCUGCUGAUGUAUGUGCGCGGAAAGUACGGCAAGAGCUUGAAGCUGGAACAGUUGCGGAAGGACUGCAUCAGUGGUCCUCCUAUCGAGCUGCUGCAGAUGGGCAUGAACAACAACAACAGCAAGGACAAGAAGGACGGCCAGGAUAAGGACAUGGGUCACCAUCCGGGUGGCAAUGGAGGUAACUCGGGAUCCGGAGAUCAACGGGGACCUCGCUCGGCUUCCUCCGAGCCGGAACUGCUAUCGAGUCCCAACCCACUGUUCAAUCCGUUUCCACCGGGUUUCUAUCCGGACUUCCCUGGCGGUUUCCCCGGUCUCCCGCUGAGCAUGCUGAAUCUCCUGCCUCCCGACCGGCAUCAACACCACCAUCAGCUCCCGAUGGGCAUCGACGAGGACUGCAAAAGCGAUCGGUCGAAGCAAUCGAUGGACGAUGACUUCCCCCAGCCACUCGCCCUGAACCGAUCCUCGAUGUCCGGCCUGGGAGGGCCGGCGGUGGAAGGCCCCGGUGCUCCCCAAUCCGACAGUCGGAGAGAAAUCUAUCAACAGAACGGACAGGAUUAAUAUUUGCACUUUCUUGACCGCCUCAAGGCUAUGCCAAGGUAUCCCAAGUGGGUGGGUUGAGAAAGGGCUCAAGCGUCAAGCAGGAGGAGGAACGAAAACGAGAGAGGUGAGCGCGGCUGUGAGAUAGCGACACGACAAAGUGCACACGGACACCUGGCGGCGCAAACGAGUGACGCCGCCCCCGGGGUCGGUGUCUUCGAUUGAAAGAGCCGUCGGCGGCUCAAACUGAAAGCAAACUUUUUCAACGAAGCGAAAGCUAACCAAGCCGAAAGAAACCAACAAACGUGAUAGUGUUAGUGUUUUCUCUCAUUUUUUUAUUUUUAACGAAAAGUAAUUAUUACUGUUUUUAUUUUGAGUAUAUAUUGGAUGAAUACUUUUAUUAUAUUGGCAGUGUUAUAAGUAGAACAAAUGCAAUAUUUUAUUUCAAUGAAUAAUUUUAACUGUAAGGUGUAUAGUAUUUUAUUUUUCAAAAAAAAAACACAAACAUGGUUCUUUUAGAAACACACGAUUUUGGGGCAAUAUUUAUCUUCGAUUACGAUUGUGCAAAGAGAGCGAAUAGCAUCACACCGAUUAGUUUUUAUUGAACUCUGUUGAACGACGCGAUUUAGUUCAACAAGAUGGUGCUUCACGGACAUAACUUUAGUUUAUUGUAACCUUCAUACGAAAGCCAAACGAUCGCGAUAGUGCAGAUAGGUACAGAAAAAAAACAUAUAACAAACCAACACAGAGAGAAUUUAUUAUUUUCUGUAAAGAUAAUACAAUUGCAGUACUUCAAAUGGAUUACAAGAUACAACACAGACACAAUAGAACUACUGGUUAAGAGAUGAACAAACGUGCUUCCUGAGUAUAUAAGUUAAAGUAUAAGUUUUAAAAUCCAUUUACAGUGAGGAACGCGAAAUGCGCGGGACAAACAAACGAAUGUAUGAAAAAAAUAUAGGUGGUACAUACAGAAGAAAAAGAUAUCUUCUACAACAAUAGCUAAUUUAUUUAUGAAUCAUAAUUAAGUGAGGAAUAACAGUGCCGAUAUCGCCGGCACGCAAUGUUUUAUACGUAUUUUAUGUUUAUUAGUAUAAUUUUUAUUUUUUGUUAAAGAAAUAUUAUUUACAGAAACUUCCACUUCCCUUCCCGUAGUCGUUUAGUUAAUCACCGUCACGAACACACACACACAUGCCCGUAUGUGGUAAUAUUGUUUGUAUAUUUAAUUUUUCCGCACCCCAGCAUACUUCCAAGAAGAAGCGACGGAAACCAACAACAAACGAUACAGUAUUAUUCAAAUAAAUACCGCAAUUUUAUACGCAACAUAUUUUACCACGUUUUGUUUUAUUAACUCCCUUCUUUUUUUUCAACACCCAAUGUUCCACACUCAGUGAAACCCCGAAUCAAAUAAAGACUGAACAAACCCUUCCCUAAUUUCGUUCCGAUUAUUCGUUGAAUUACUUGCAAUUAUUCGUUUCAACUCAUUAGUUUCAAAGCAAACAUUAAAUCACACAACCCAGCAAACCCAAACAUACUAAAUUCAGUGAACGAAUCAGUGUUAUCACAUAACGCUCUGGAGAGACACAGAAAAAGAAGGCAACAUUUAGUUAAGCAAAGUAUAUACAGAUGGGGAGCGGCCACAAUAGCCACAAAAACUUGUUGAACAAACAAUAUACAAAACAAAUGAACAAAACGAAAUAAAAAAAACAAGCACACGCGAAAUCGCGCAGCGAAAAAGCAAACUGAAUGGAACUAAUUUUAACUCGCAUUACAUAGGUUACUACUACUAGUGUGGAGCUGCAGCGCCGACUGACAGAGAACAGGGUCGCACGAAGAAACGUUUUUCUUUCCACACACACUUAACGCAUAAAUAUAAAUAUAUUUAAAAUUGUCCCAAAAAUCAACCGCGGCUAGUUCUGUUUGAGCUGUUCCAAGCAUCUCAGGCUACUUCAACCAACAACAAUAGCAGAAAUACAGUGCGGUGGGGUGGAAAACAGGAAAAAGCAAAAACAAAAACUACAAACGCAACACGAUUCACUAUUUUUACAACAUGAAACAAAGUGUUGCCAGCGGAGCAAAACAAUAAACAGAGCAGCAGUGUCAAACUGCAACAGCAACAGUGACAACAACAACAAAACAACAAUAGUUCCUCAAUCAAAAUACAGUUACAAAUAUUUGUGCAAUUACCACAGCCAACCAUAUGAAAAACAAUAGAUGAAACCCAAUCGGGGAAACCAAAAAAAAAGUGCAAUACAAGAUAGUUAUUUGUUGGGAUCGGUCGAACGCCUGAGAGUGUGAAGGUCGAGGAUUUUUUUUGUGAUGAGUAUAAACACAAUUAAUCAAGGAUGUGAAAAGUAGAAAGAGAAAUAGAUGAAUUUGUCACUUUCAAAGCUUCCGGUGACGCAUCGACAUAUACCGCCAAUUUCGCUCCAAGCGGAUAGACAUGCAACUUAUGAGUUUUCAGUUUUGACAACCAGAUGGCAGCACCUUGGUUGUUAGUCAAUACACUUUCGCAUUGAUGAUAUUGAGCUUUUUGCUUCGAUAAGUGAAGCGGAAAAGGUAAUGGAUUCAUAGAUAGGAAACAUAAACUUUCAAAAAUGAAAAUUAUGAAUGAGAAAUAGUUUUUCCGUAUCAAAUAUUUAUUUUAUGUUUCAAAGUAACAUUUUAUCUGUCAGCGGUUAAAAAAAUCUUGAACAAAAAUUGUGACUGAUAAUGAUUUUAUAUUAUGACGAAAUUUUACAGGAAAUACUAGAACAUUCAUAAAAAAAGUUGAGUAAGGUUUAAGACUGCGUGUUUCAAGUAUGGAGAAAAAAUUUCAUUCUAAUUUUAAAAGCUUAAAAUUGUUCUCGUACCUGCUAGUUUCGUUCAAAAUAAUAUGACUCACAAGUAUGAAUGUUGCAACCAGAUGUCGACACUGUACAUUCGACAUCGUACAUUCAACGAUGGCUAGAUACAGUGCUCCCAGUUUAGCCAUUCUAAAUUUUUAAAUUUAAAUUUAGCCAUUAUAGAAUCAUAAAUUAUUUUUUUUGAAUAAUGUUGAAACAUUUUCUUAUAAUCCACAGUGCUGGAGUUCAGUAAUAUUUUGAAUGAAAUAUUCAAAAUUUGAGUUGAUUGUUUUCUACCAUACAGUUUUUUUUUUAAAUUUUGUAAACAAGAAAAAACAGCCAAUUUACCUAGGAUUGGCUGUUGACUGGAUGUUAACUGGCAUGCUUCAAUGUUUUUACCAUUGUUUGUGCGUUUCUGCAUAAUGGCAUUUUGUCAAUAUAUAAAUAAACACAAGAUUCCGUCGACAUGGAUCAAUUCUAAUCAUUCAACAUGUCGGAAAUAAAUAUCUACAUAACCUUCGAAUAUAAAUAAUUUUACAUUGUCAUUAUCUUCACCGAUAGCGAACCUUAUGGCGCGUUUACAUUAGAAAGAUCUAUAGCCAUAGAUGGAUUUAUUCACGCAAAAAUAGGUGUAAACGGGCGAGAAUAUAUAUGAUACACUUAUUCGAGACAUAUAUAACAUAAACGCUGGUGAAUUUUUCACUGGUAAGAAAUCACCAAAGUUGACCGCAGUUCAACUUCAGGUGAAUAAAUUCUAGGAAUAAGAGCGAGAUGAGUCAUUUUCUUGUUCUUGCGCUCGUAUUCAUAAGCGCCAUUGGAAGCAUUUGCUGUCAGCAGAUGUAAACAACGCUCAUUUUUAAAUCUAAAAUGUUUCUAUUAUUUUGCUUUUCUACUCAAUUGUCAGUUCAUUGCCAUGACCGAUAAAAGUGAGCAGAAAGAAUUGAUGAGAGUCGAAAUUAAUCACCUGAUCCAAAAUGGCCCUUCACUGCUGUUUAUUCAAGUAGCAGAAUGAUACAAAUUCCAAAAUAAAUAUUAGUAUAUGUAAACGGACCGUACUUUCGUCAUAACUUCAAAUUGCAUGAAGAAAUUCAUGAAUAUAUUCAAUAUAUCAAUUCGCACUACUGAUAAACGGUUAAUGCAAUUUCCAUAAAUCUCAACAUAUUUCGUCACAUGAAUAUAUUACUAGUCUAAACCCAUCUAUAGAUGUGAAAAAGAAAAAAGAAAGAGAUGUCUGCUUCCACACAUACAUACAUUUGAAAGCGUUGGGGGACAGAUGACAUUAUUUGCUCAUUUGACGCUACAACGCAUGAAAAGACAUGGUUUCUGCCGAAAAUGAAAUGUUUUCUAGCAACUCUAGUUUGGGUGUAAUUGUUAUCAUUUAAAAUGUUGGACUGACGAUCCUGCUUCAUUCUGUUUCUUUAACUAAGGCAUUGUUUAAAUGAUACAGCUUUGAAGCAACUGGAAUUUCAGCCACCCUUCCAUACUCCCAUGAAAACUCGGUCUUGGAGCUUCGAACUUCCACUUUUAGUAAAGGAGUAAAGGAACAAUCAGAAGAGUCCUAUAAUAACUGCAUAGAUGAACAAUUGAGGACCCUGAGGACCUGUAAUCAUUUGGCUACGAAAAUUAUCUUCAAUUCUUAUACCACCUGAUUGAGCUUUUUGCUCACCUAGUACCGCCUAACUUAGCCUCCAAUGGAUUAGAUGCGAGCACCAUCUCGGCGAGACUCUUGCUCGGAAUUUUUGCAGUAUAUCCCUCAACCUUUAGGCCCUGUAAAGUUCGCGGUAGGCAUAGCUGCCACUGGCGUGUAUAUCACUAACAAAAAACGAAGGGAUUGAUACAACUUUCGAGUACUUGGUUUCGCGCUGACUUGAAGGUGCUUGAAGGUUCUUUCCGAUUGCUUUUCCUUCGUCAUACGCAUCAAACCUUCAUUUGACACGACCGACGUUGGACUUCCAUCUUUUGGCCACAACAUGAACUGAUAACCCUUUUAACUUAGCAAAAGCUUGCUAGUUUUUAUUGUUUGAUUCAAGGUAGCUCAUCAAAGGAAAACUCCCAGUUUUUUUAACUAAACCAAUGUUACCUCAGGAACAGAACACCAUUUGUACACAAUGGCUCGACAUCUUCUAGCGAAAAUCCUUUCCAUCGCGUAACGUAAACGUGAACAACAGGAUGCACAAAAAACCGAUAAUUGCUCAAAUGGCAGGAAAUUGUAAGUGUGUUAUAAAUUUCUGGGAUAGUCUGUUGACCAGACUCAUAGAACUUGUAACUAGGAGCGCUAUUUUGGCCAAGGUACAGUGAUCUGAUUCACUCGCAUCCACUAACUCGUCCCACCAAGCAGCACCCUGCUUCUUUGGCAUAGAGCUGAUUUACUCAACUUUAUUCUGGAAUCCGAUCUGACUUGAAGUUCAAUUGGAUUUGACGUUUCGAUCGAACUCGAUUUUGGCAUUCUGCAAUCCAUUGAACUCAAAUCCAAUCGAACAUUGCAAGUAUGGCAGCCUGCAAAACGAUUGCCAAAAUAAUCCGUGUUUUUGAAGUAACUCAAUCUUUGUCAGAUUAGUAGGUCCGGAGGCAGUCUUAUAUUGUUGAAAUUUGAAUGAAAAUUAUUGCUUCGUGUUAUUUGAAUACUUAGUACAUGUAGUCCCAACUCUCACUCAACAUAUUUUUAUGAAUUUUCUAGUAUAUUCACUGAAAAUGUUUCAUUAUAAUAUGAAACUUUUUUCAGACACCUAAAGAAAACGUGUAACGGAUACUACUUCCGCUUUACACAAACGGAACACAAUGUUUAAUGCAUUUAACACGAAUUACGUUCCGUACGUAUGAUUCUGAUUGAAUCGAAUAAGCUAGUGUUUGCUUUCAGAUUCAAUUGCAACAAUCCAGAAUGACAAACAUAUGCUUCAUGCCCGAUGGUAGCUGUACGAUGGCAUUUUAAUAUACUUUUUGGGUUUUGCAUGAUUUAAUCAUCUCAAUUGGAUCCGUUAGUUUUAUUAUCACCAUUAUCUAAAAUACAGUCAUUCUAAUUUCGCACGGGUAAAUAUAUUCGGUUGAAGUCGUUCGAAUGAUCCUCAUGUUGUCAAAAACUAUGUCAAACUCUUAAUUUUCUCUUUGUUUAAUUAAAAAAAAAAAAGAAAAAAAAAUACAAGUUUCCAAAUGAUAUAAGGUUUCUGAAGAUUAUUUUUUCACGCCCGCAACACAUGUUCUUCAAAUGUUUUUAUGUGCAUCAUAUAUUCUAUGGAUUUCAUGUAGAACCAAAUUGUUACAUAUUUUGCAACAAAUAAUAUUUUUUUCUGUUAUUCUUUGCCAUAAAAAUUUCGAGGGUAUGUACUGUGAGCACAUGGUGUUUUCAAAAAUUAUUGACAACCCUUUAUUUAGAAUCGACCAAUCAGCAACUGGUCCGAGAGAUGGCUCGAAAUCAACUGUUGCGCCAUCUGGUAGUCAUUUGCACAAACAGCAUGUCGCACACUGAGCUAAAUCUUGUUUCAUUACACAUCUCAAACGAAAAAUUACGAAAGGUGAGAUGUAUAUCGAAGUCGUAAACAUUCUUGACUUGUUCUUAAUAUGUAUUAUGAAUAUCUUGAUUGAAUAGGUCAACUUCGAUAAAUAGUGAAAAAUUAAGAGAAAAACUAAGUGAAUCCUCCCUUCACGCUCUCAAUCUUCGAUACGGCGAUCAUUACUAUAAUUUACAGGUUACAAGCAAACUUAUUUACUUGAAUAAAACUGACAGAUAAUCGCAAACAAUAGGAAACCGAAUACAACCAACAGACACUAGAAGAAGAAAAAAUCAGUUGGUAACACUAGCUCAAACAUCAGAUUUUUAUAAACUUUUAUACAAAUUUUCUCCAGCAAGAACAAGCCGAGUAUAAUUUCGUUAGUGAGAAUCGACAUAGAUUAUGUUUUGUAAAAAUAAGGGAUGUUAACUGCGAUCAGGAUGGAUGCGAUUAGUUACGGUUAUUAUUAGGGUUGAAGUUUUUUUUUGUAUACACUCACAGACUCACAAACACGAUAUACCGCCGGAAGCGGAUGCCGAUAAUUAGCCAGUAUCUAUCAGAAUUUACAACAAUAGAAACGGGAUGCAUUUUCUUUACCUGUAUUAUUUAUUCGUUCUGUUACAAGAAUUUUCCGCCAGCGCUGCCAGACUUUACAACUGGAUGGCUGUCGCGGGAACAUGCAAUAUAUUACAACAAAUACAGAAACACUACCAUAUUAUGCAACAGACAGACGGUAACCAGCGUCACAGUGAUAUACCAAACUUACCAAUAGAGCCAAACAAUAUAUUUUUAUCAUUUACAGUGAAAUAAAACCGACACAAACAUAAUACAACUAACCAACCAAUGCAUUGAGCCCCGAUGAAGUUGUGAAAUGGCGAAAUUUUUGGAUAAUUUUCCAUUUGUUCCAAUGCAUUUUUGUUUCCCAAUCCGCUAUUUGCACUUUUUCAGUUUAUGUUUUCGAUUUAGUCAGGUUCGGCACGCUUAACUAAAAAAACAACAUUUUAAAAUUAGAAUGUGUGAAAAAACCCACACAUUCAAGUGAGUGUCGUGACAAAAUAAAAUACAAACAACCAUUUAGUCCAAAACACACACACAUUUAGUUUGUGCGUAGAAGUUCACACCGUCGAAAAAUAACACACAUACACUUUCGGAUAGUAUACGACUUAUUAUCUGUGCGCAGCUCUGUAUAUUUUUUGUCAAAAUCGAACAAAAAUCAAAAAUAGGGCAACGAGAGACCGACAGGCACAUCAACCGAAACCGUGUACCGAUUUAUAGGUAUCUCCAAACCCAACCGAACGCCAUUUUACCGCCCGCCAGCGGAGGUAAGCAUUAAACCGUAGAAAUCGUGAUCAAACAGGUGUAAAAAGUGUCAUGUUCCAAAUUGGAAUCUGAAGCAACAAUAUAGGAUAAAUGAAAUAAUUCUGUAAACCACAUGUACAAAAUAACGUAGAUACAAUAAUGCGAACCAAAAGGAGAACACAGUUCGUUUCGUUUUCUGUUUACAUUACCCCCCCCAACUUGAACCGUCAUUCCGAAUCCAACCCUUCCUCCGUCCCAUCCUAUCAGGAAUGUGCAUAGCAUUCAGGCAAUAGACAAUCUACGUUAAAUAUGACAGCAACUCUUACACACCCCCUGCAAACAGGUCAAUAAACAACAAACUCAGUCCCCAAAACCAAACAAAUCGGAUCAAACACAAAAUCAAAACGUUAAUUUGCCACCGUCAAUUGUUUACAGUUUGAGUUCACAAUCAAUAAACAAAAAAAACCAGCUGCUCAUCAAGUGAAAACGGAAAGAAUAAAACAGGGUAAAUUAAUGAAUUUCAUAUACAUUAAACAAAACAAAACAAGAGGAAAAUGAAUCUUAAAAUACACAAUGAAAGAAACAACAACAAAGAAUACAACAUAGGAUUAGUACUACAUGACUAACAAUAAUGGAUGCAAAGUGAGCAAAAAUAUUCACAAAAUGCAGAAGACACUGUUCAGGUGGUUUUAAGCAUUAGUGAAUACGUGUGAACGCUUGGCCACAGGCUGGUGAAAUAGUGCCACGAUUGCACGCACACCCAAACAAACACACUCACAAGAUGAACGAAAUCGAUACAGUAAAUAUUUGUAAAAUGUAAUUUUCGAUAUGUGAUAUCAACUUGUAUUGUUAUCUUCGAGGAGAAGUGUUUCGAUUCGGCUUCAGUUUUGACUCAAAUCAUUUUGGAAUUCGUUUCGUUUUUUUUUUCACUAGAACUUAUUGUCACUGUCUGUAAAUAGGAAAGUUUUCGGUGCGUAAAACCAAGAACAAAAAUAUGUAAGAAAUAAAUUUCGGCAGUAUAUAAGUAAAUACACGAACAAAAACACACACACACACACACAAACUUAACAACAUGAGUGAACAAUGUGAACACUGGAGGAGAAGAAAGAAAAACGAAGCAAAAAGCAAAUCCAAUGGCGACUUGGACUUUAAAUGAACAAAAAGUAAAUGCAAUUUAGGCAAAUGAGAAAAUGAAAGUUUAACUGUUAUUUAGGCACAAUUAUUUAUAUGAGAUAAAGGAAACCAACAAAAAAAGUAAAACCUUUGAGUCGAAGGGCAAAUCUAUAAAUUCAAUUCGGCCGAUUCGGAGCGAUAGAUGUAUGUGUACUGUACAGGAAACAGUGAAAUAAAAUAUACGUGUGUUACAGAAAUUUCGACUUUCGUUCGGUGAGCAAGGAGAAAAAUGCGAACACGAUAUUUGUUUUUGAUUUUGAUUUUAUUCUUGUAUUGGGGAAUUAUGUUUUUCUAGCAUCUAACAAAAUUGUAAAAUAAUUCGACAGAGAUGAAUUAGGGCAUAAACAAAGUGUUAUGAAACCUUGAUAAAUAGACAGAAAACACUGGAACGUAAUUUUAAUACAAAAACAAACGAAAAUUAUAAAAACUAAAAAUAAGGUGGAAACUGUAAGAAAAAAUAUUUGGCACUUAUUGAUAUUUACUGUUAUAUGAACAAUUAUGAAACUGGAAUAAAAUUAA